AUGAUGCUCAUCACAGGCUCUCAUGCCUUCUCCCACCCUUUUGUACAGGCCGUGGGAAUGUUUUUGGGAGAGUUGUCCUGUCUGGUGGUGUUCCACAUUCUCCUUUGUCAUGAUCGGCGCAAACCUGAGCCAACGAUGGAUCCGGGCCAAAGUUUCAACCCCCUACUUUUCCUCCCCCCUGCCCUUUGUGACAUGUUGGGAACAUCCAUCAUGUAUGUUGCACUGAACAUGACCAGUGCCUCCAGUUUCCAGAUGCUGCGAGGAGCUGUGAUCAUCUUCACUGGACUGUUGUCUGUAGCGUUCUUAGGACGGCGGCUGCAGCCCAGCCAGUGGAUUGGGAUCCUAGUCACCAUCAUUGGUCUGGUGGUGGUUGGCCUGGCUGAUUUUCUGAGCGGCCAUGGGGAUGACUCCCGUAAGCUCAGUGAGGUUAUCACAGGGGACCUUUUGAUCAUCAUGGCACAGAUUAUUGUUGCAGUCCAGAUGGUCCUGGAGGAGAAGUUUGUUUACAAGCACAAUGUGCAUCCACUGAAGGCUGUUGGGACUGAAGGUUUUUUCGGAUUUGUCAUCCUCACUUUGCUCCUCAUCCCAAUGUUCUACAUCCAUGUGGGAAGUUUUGCCGACAACCCACGGCAGGUCCUUGAAGAUGCUUUGGACGCCUUCUGUCAGAUUGGCCAUAAGCCCCUUAUUUUACUGGCACUGCUGGGCAACACCGUGAGCAUCGCCUUCUUUAACUUUGCCGGCAUCAGCGUCACCAAGGAAAUAAGUGCCACUACUCGCAUGGUACUGGACAGUCUGCGUACUGUGGUCAUCUGGGUCAUGAGUUUACUGCUGGGUUGGGAGGUAUUCCACGGCCUACAGAUUUUAGGCUUCAUCAUCCUACUCGUGGGUACAGCACUAUACAAUGGACUCCACAAGCCCUUGAUGGCCAAACUGCCCUGCUGCCCUGGAGAGCAGAGAGCAGAGGAGGGAGCAGCCCCAGAGAGAGAGAGACUGCUUGGUGCAGGAAAAGCUGCAAACGAGAGCUAAUAUUGGACUUUGAACAAAAUGCUGCCCACAAAGCUUUUAACUGUUUUAACUGUUAUUUCCAUUUUAAGAAGGAAUCACAUUUUUGUGUUUUUGUUUUAGAGUUUAAUUCAACACUUGGGAACCAUCACUACUUAUUGCCUACAGCAAUUUUUGUGGGCAUGUCUCAAAGAACAGUUGUGCUUAGAUUUUAAAAUGGUUGAAUGCACAUUUUUACUUUAGGAAAGGGAAUCAUUUUUACAUGAUUUUAAUACCAAAAAUCCUUAAAAUAAUAUUUAAAAGUUUUUAAUCCUGCAGUUUAUAUGUUUCAAAACCAUUCGUUUUUGUUUACGUGAUGUGCUGUUGUUGGGAGGACAUUAUAUCUCCAAUCAUUUUAUUUGAGUAAUAGUCAUCUGUGAAACGGGUAUUGUGUACUGACAAGAAAAUCUUCUGUUAGUCCGUGUAUAUUUGGUUUAUAAAAAAUAUGGAAGUAUCACUGAGUUUACUGCCAGUAAAUAUCACCGUUUCAUUUUUUUUUUCUUUUUUAGAGUAAUACACAAGGGACCCUAAUCUCAAAAACAAUGUAGUUUUUACUAGAAGUAUUUAACUGACAUCCGUUUCAUUUCACAAAUCUGUCCUCUGCAUAAAUGUAUAAAUUCCUCUCACAUUCUUGUUUGUACAUUGUGGAUGCAGUUGUUUGUUGUCAAUGAAAACAUGAAGAGGAGAGAACUGUUUCACUCAGUGACUAUUAGAUUAAUUACAAGUAAUGUCUGUGUCAUGU